AUGGAGAAAGCAGAGCAGAAAGAGGAAGAGGACAUCUUCAGGUCCUUGGAGAAUGAUUUCCAGUUGGUCCUCUGUGAGCUGAUUGGCGACAAGAGCCUGGACAAGUUCCGCGUGGAGUAUGAGAAGGUUGCUCAGGCCUUGAGAAAGUCCCACGACAGCGAGAAGAGGCUGAUGGCCAAAUGUAGGGAGCUGACUGUGGAGAUCAAGUCCAGCUCCACCAAAGCUGCUGCUGCUCUCAGGCAGUCCCAGGAAGACCAGGCAGCACUUACAUCUCUGAAGAAGGAGGUGGAGAAAGCAUGGAAGAUGUUUGAUACAGCUCAAGAUGAAGUAAAGAAGCAUAAGGAGGUCAUUCUGAGUUUGCAGCAAGAACUCAAAAACAGCAAAAUGAAUGAACAACAUUCUGGCAAGUCUGAGGGCCCAGAGGACAGUCUUACUGAAAUCCUGAAAAUGCUGGAGGAGGGGACCGAGGAGAGGGAUCAGUUGCGGACAAAGUUGGAGACUCUGGAGGAGAAGUUAAGCAAAGCCAAGGUCGCCAAGCAGGAGGUAGAGUCCCAGAGAGAGGCCGACCAGCAGAAUAUCUUUCAGCUACAGCAGGAGUACCAGGUACAGCACAACAAGUGGUACCAGGAGAUGCGUUUGAGGGAGAAGCUGGAGAAGGAGGUGAAGCAGCUGCACGUCGAUAUAGAGGCCAGCGCCGCAGAAGCCGAAGCCCAGAUCCUGCAGGUUCAACGGGCCAGAGAGGAGGAGCAGAAAGCAGAGCAGAAGCUGAAGGAGCUGAAGCUGGAGAAUGAGCAGCUGAUCAAGGAGAUGGAGCAGGAGCAAGCGAAGACCAGCAAGCUGCAGCAGGAGAGCCGGCAGCUCUCUCUGGCCCACAAACAGCUGAGAUUCGAAAACCAGCAGAUUACUGAUGACCUGAAGAUGAAAGAAGACGAAAUGAAUCAGAUGCGUCUGGAGAUCGCCAAGUUAGCCAAGACGAAUGCGGCAACCCAGAAAAAGCUCCAGCAGGUGGUGGAUGAUCAGGCGGAUGUGGAUGAAUUAAAGGAGACGCUAAAGACGCUGAAAAAAGAACUGGAGGCUUCCCAAAAGCAAGUGGAGUCUGGCAGGAAAACCACAGACGAGCUGAUCCGAGAGAGAGACUUACUGCAUAAGAACAUCAUCACAGCUGCGCAUGAGACAGAGAAGCAACAAAGCCUCGUGAAGAUCCAAGAGCAGGACAAGAAGCACCUGGAGCAGGAGAUCCACAGCUACCGGCAGGAGGCUCAGAAACAACGCAAGAUCAUCCAGCAGCUGGAGAGAGACCGCGACCGCUACGUCAACGAGAACAACAGCCUGGCGCAGAAGGUGCAGAAAAUCGUCAGUGACAUUGAAUUAAAAGAGAGGGACAUCUUUGAUUACAAGAAGAAGAUCACUGAGGCGGAGCACAACUUGCAACAGCACGAGAGCCAGUUUGAGCGUGUCGUGAAAGAGAAGAACUCCUUCAGCAAAAACCUCCUUGAGGCUCAGGAUGAGAUCACAGAGACAAAGAAGAGGAUGAAGAUGCUGAGUGGUCAGGUCAUGCAUCUGAGGAAUGAAGUCACUGAAAAUGAGUUGGCCAUGGCCAAGGACCAGCUUGAGAAUGAGCGUUUGAACAAGGACAACGAGAACCUUAAGGGAGAGCUCCAGUCUGUGAGGCAGAAAAUAGUGGAGUUCAAACAGGAAAUCAACGGCCACAAAGCAGAGGAGCAAAAACUGCACAAGAUCAGUGUGGAUGCUGAUGCUGAAAACAUGAAGCUGCAGAAACAACUGGACCAGAUAAUCAGGGAGCGGGACAUCAUAGGCCAGCAGCUGCUGCGCCGCAAUGACGAGAGAACGCUGCUCUGUGAGAAGAUAAAGAUCCUGCAAGCUGUGUUGACCAAGGGCAACCUGCAGUACAGUCAGCGGCUGGGAGACAUCCACCUGCUCAAGCUGGAAAUCAAGGGGCUGCAGCGUGAGAUUAGCAUCAUGAACAAAGAUUUACCUGAUGCAAAAGCCCUGAGGCAAGAGCUCUUCCGCACGCAGAGGGAGCUGCUCUGCGAGAGGAAAAAAUGCUCCGUCUUUAGAGAACUGCAGAAACAUCCUCCCCAUAUGCACCGCUGGAGGUAUCUGGAGGCCUCUGACCCCAGCAAAUAUGAGCUCAUCCAGAAAAUGACCAAAUUACAGAAACGUCUGAUCGCCAAAACUCAGGAGGUGGUGGACAACAGGCUCUUAAUACAGGAGAAGGAGAGGCUGUACAUGGAGCUGAAGAAGAAUCUGGCGCGGAGGCCGGGUCUGGAGGUGGCCGAGCAGCUGCAGCAGAGCCAGUGGACGGUCAGAGACAUGGACAAGAAGCUCAAGGCACUAACAGCAGAGGUGAGGAUGCUCGACUCAGUGAGACGAGAGAAUAUGAGUGAAAACCAAAAGUUGGCCAACGAGCUGGCAGAGAUGAAGAGGAAGUUCCUUGCAGAGAAACAGCUCAACAGGGAACAGAGGGCCAAAGACAAGCAGGAAAAGCCGGAUCUCCUGCUGCCCCCCAUCAACAACAUACCACACUUCAUUGGAGGGGGAUUCAGGAUCAGCAACCCCCAGGGCCUCGAGGGGUGUCGAGGGGUGUCACACUCCAAAUAAUCACCAUUACAGGAGAAAAUUUCUAUUUUUAUUAUAUGAUACAAAGGCCUAUACAAUAUUUCCACCUCAAUGAUACCAUGAAAAAUGUCAACAUGACCUGUUAUUUAAU